CAGAGGGGGGAGCACUGGGAUUUAUUCUUUGCUGAGGGGGUCCCUUCAAACUCCACGAUGUUGGGGAAAGUCUCACCGGUAUUAAAAUUCUGACUGGAAUGUGUUUGAUCCAUCAGAUGUGCUGGGUCUUAAGCCACUUGGUGUCUUUGUGUGAAAGUUUCCAUAUGACCCCCUUUCUCGUGAAUAUCGUGACACCCCCUGAAAAGACCCACAUGGAUCUGUGAGAAGGAUUGGGGCCCUGGGUGUUUUUCUAAUCUGAUUUGGUGGCUCUAGUGAGUGGCUCCUGAACAUUCAGGUUUUGGGGGGGAUAUUUCUGCUUCAAAAUAUCUGUGUGUCUCCAACACACUCAUAUCUUCUUAGCUUAAAAAAAUCUUUUUCUUGGGGAGGGGAGAAGUUUGGGAUUUAGGCAGAACUGAUGUCAGCUGGGGCUCUCUCUUGGCCUGGCCUGGGUCGGGCCAUCUCUUAGACUCAUGGAGAUGGCCCAGGGAUGUAUUGGUGGAACCCAGGAAAUACGAUGGUGUAGCUUGCUCCUUCCUCUUCUUUCAGUCAGCCAUUGUGUGCUUGCACUUCUCCCCAAAGCCUUUUCUUUUAUGGACCCCCAAAGGAAAUGAUAGAUAGGCCCACCCGGUGGCUAAAAUAGUGAGUGGAUGGGCUAGUCUAAUUUUCAAUACACCAAUUUUGGUUCAUUUAUUUCUGGUCUCUCACUUUUCUUGUUUACCAAGCACGAUCUUAACAGAGUCCUUGAGUAAUAUCAGGAGGCCGUUUUGUUCUUUGGACUAAUGCAGUCUGUCCGUCUGUCUCCCUUUUGCACCUUUUCCCCAUUAAUAUUUGUUAUUGGUCACUGUCAUGGUUCAUUAACUUUCACUCACUUUUUACAGGUGAGCUCACAACUAGGGUAAAUUUGUAGGCCCAAUUAUCACAACACCUCUCCGGUUCCCAUGGAGGCUUUCACCCCAUGGAGUCCCAAAAGCUCCAGGCUGAAGAAUUGCAUCCACAUUUCGCUCCAGAUCAGGAGACUGAGCAGAGAAAUGGCUUCUGCACAGCUGGUGCAGGAUGCAGCACAGCUCAUUGAGAUGCCGGUGACCUUCGAGGAUGUGGCUGUGUAUUUCACUGAUGAGGAAUGGGCUCUGCUGAACCCUGGUCAGCGAACCUUCUACAGGGACGUCAUGCAGGAGAACUAUGAGAAUGUGACCUCACUGGGAUUUCUGAUUUCCAAACCUGACAUGAUCUCACAGCUGGAACAAGGGGAAGAGCCGUGGGUCCCAGAUCUCCAGGACUCUGAGGAAAGCAGGAUCCUAAAAGGUGCCCGCACGGCAGGUGACUGGACGGUGAGUGAGAACGAGGAGGAGAAUCCCCCACAGAAAGCCCCUAAACAAGUGGAGUUGCAUGGGUUGCUAUUGGGAAGAUCCAUAGGUGAUGCUCCCGCACAGGGAGAAGCUGGUGGGAGUCAGCUUGGAUCAAAGGAGCAGAAGGAAAAGCACUCAGGGAAGGGACAGAGCAAAUCCACUCCCCAUGAGGGCGUUUCCAGAGACGUCCACAAAACCACAGUCCAGCAGGCCGGAGAGACGCAGAAAAUAUGCCAGUACUGUGGGAAAAUCUUCAGCUGCAACUCACACCUCACUCGACACCAGAGAACCCACACGGGGGAGAGACCCUAUGAAUGCCCCAUCUGUAGGAAAAGCUUCGGUCAGAGCUCGCACCUGAUUGUACAUGAGAGGAUCCACACGGGACAGAGACCCUUCAAGUGCGACGAAUGCGAGAAAAGCUUCAAUAGCAGCACGCGCCUCGUUGGACAUCAGAGAUGCCAUAGGAAGAAGAAACUCUCUAAAUUCCCUCUGUUGGCUAGAGCAAAUCCCACAUUUCCCAAUUCCUUGAGUAUCCAGCUACCUCUCUCUGGGGUCAGGGGGCAGCUGCAGGUGCCUCUGGUCUGCUCAGUGAAUCUCUGGCUCUGCCUCCAGUGGAACAGAUUGUUUCACGAGGGGCCAUGUCUGUGGUGUAAUAAAGUAACUAUGGACUUUCCCAGCAUUGCAGAGUCAGAACCUCUGUGUGCAGGAGACAAACAUGGGGGGAGUCAAGGUGUGAAGUGGACUAAAACCCCCUCUGACGCCUCCCCAAUCACCUCUCUCCCUGGCAGGCUGCAGAAUAACAUCCGUCCAGUCUGGCCACGUCAUCCCAGAAGCGAAAUGGCUUUAGCACAGCGUAUUCAGAUGCCCAUGACCUUUGAGGACGUGGCUGUGUAUUUCACCAAGGACGAAUGGGCGCUGUUGGACCUGGGUCAGCGAGCCCUCUACAGAGACGUCAUGCAGGAGAACUAUGAGAAUGUGACUUCACUGGGAUUUCUGAUGUCCAGACCUGACUUGAUCUGUCAGCUGGAACAAGGGGAAGAGACAUGGGUCCCAGAUCUCCAGGGCUUGGAGGAAAGGGGGAUCCGGAGAGGUGCCUGCACAGCAGGUGACAAGAUCUUGUGUAAGAACGAGGGGGAGAAUCCUCAGCAGGAAGGGCCUGCACAAGUGGAACCACAUGGGACGGUAUUGGGAGGAUCCAGAGGAAAUGUUCCUGCACAGGGAGAAGCUGGUGGGAGUCAGAAUGGAUCAAAGAGGCAGAAGGAAAAGGACUCAGGGAAGGGACAAAGUAAAUCCACUUCCCAUGAGGGUGGUUCCAGAGACAGCAACAAAACCACGGUCCAGCAGACUGGAGAGAUGCAGAAAAUAUGCAUAGACUGCGGGAAAAUCUUCAGUUGCAUCUCGCACCUCAUUAGACACCAGAGAACCCACACUGGUGAGAGACCCUUUAAAUGCCCCGACUGCGGGAAAGGCUUCGGUCGGAGCUCGCACCUGGUUGUACAUGAGCGGAUCCACACGGGAGAGAGACCAUACAAGUGUGAUGAAUGCGAGAAAAGCUUCAAUCAGAGCCCACACCUUAUUAGACACCAGAAACUCCACCUGAUGGAGAGACGCUGUAAAUUACCUGCCUGGGAUGGAGUGAAUACCGCAUUUCCCAGUUCCUUGAGUAUCCAGCUGCCUAUCGCUGGGAUCAGGGGGCAGCUGCAGGUGCCUCCGGGCUGCUCGGUGAAUCUCUGGCUCUGCCUCCUGUAGCAAACCGCAGGCAGAGGAGGAGAAGCUCUGAUCAGUUUUUCCUCAUUGCUGUGCUGCCAGGCCCCUCUGCCACUUGCCAGCCUGGUAGUGGUCAGGGAAAGAAGAACCCAACUCCCCUAGACACUCAUCUCUGGGGACUCAAAUCCCUUUCCACUAACCAAUUCCUUGAGCUAAGCCACCUUUCUCAGGGCAGAGACCUGUCUCUGCACCAUCCUCUGGUACUUGAGCUGGGCCUCCCCCCACUUACUGGCGUUCAUGUGGGGUGGGUGCCCCAGAGGCCCUUCCCUUGCAGGCUUUCAGAGGAAACCAGGGAGAUCAACUGUUCGGGGGACUAGGAGAGGAAGAAUGGGCAGGGAACGGGUUGCUGGGAGUUUGAAUCAGGUGAUUGAAUUAGCAAGUGAUCAAGUGCUGAGACUGGAUAACUCUGCACUAGUUGGCCAGAGCUCAUUGCUGCAAAGAGGAACACCAGCUCGAAGGAAAGGAACAAGGUGUGUGCCAGGAUCACGGUUACUGUGUGCAAUAAUCUUCCCACCCCGUGAGCCACCAGCAGCUCUGAGACCAGCACUUAGGCAUUUCAGUCGGUCAGUGCAGAGUCGCAGCUCCAAAGAGUCGAUUUCUCAUGUUGGGUUAAAAUGACCUCAGAGCAUCCUGGGCUAAAAGGGUAACUCAAGAAUGACAGCGCGGGGGGUUCCUCACAGGGAAUCUUCGAGAGAAAGUAGAGACCAGUCAUUUCCUAUGUGUAUGUGGGGUUUGCAACAAGCAGUGGGUGUUGGGAAAGGAAUGUGUGGCUUAUAUUUAUCUCUGGGGAAAUCACUGGGGUAUUUAACAGUAAUUAUGCCGAUUCUUUGGAAUGUCUAAAAUUAGUGACUAGUAUGGGUCACUGACAGUCCAGAUCUUUGCCCCUCCCUGUGUCCUUCCCAAACGAGCAGAGUGAGGCUCAGUGAGGGGUCCCGCUCUGAUGCCAUUCUGCUCACUGGGGAAUGGGAUUGAUUCUUUGAUACCCGUUGCCCAUUUCAGGUGACGUUUCACCCCCUCUGCGCUAGUUACUCCCUCUCCCAGAACACUCUCUCUGUCACACUUUUUUAUUUCUAUUUCGGUAAAUAAAACCUGCACCUACAGAUGC